AUGGCCGAUGAGACCAGCCACCCCAUCUUCCAGACCGCGUACGUGGUUGCCCCGCCCGUCACUGAGCAGAAGGAGCUGCUGAAGGCCAUGCACAUGAUCGACGACGGCACAGCCCCCCUGACCCUGCAGCUGCGGGUGCAGCCGCCGGGGAGCCCGCCGCAGGGUAGGCCGCAGGAGCUGCAGCUGCAGCUGCUGUUCUGGGAGGACGUCUUCAGCGUGGAGAGUGCGCGGAGUCUCAAGGACCAGCUCGGAGUGCUCUUCGCCGCCAUCGGCCAGAGGGUGGACUCCCUGGCGGUGCCGCUGCCAGAGGUGCCAGCCAUGAGCCAGAACCAGUAUGCCGAGAUCAAGGAGUGGAGCGACAAGGCGAACUACAGCAAGUUCAAGCCUGGGCAGAUGCACGUCAAGUUUCUCGAGCAGGCCAAGCGGAGGCCCGACGACAGGGCAAUCGUGGAUUGCCUGGAGGACGGCCGCGCUGUGGAGUACUCGUACAGGGAGUUCCACUCCAUGUGCAAGGACGUGUGCAGCGUGCUGACGGACGAGUUCGGCGUGGGUUUCGACCAGAUGGUGCCGCUCCUGUUCGACCGCGGCGUGAUGAUGCUCGUGGCGAUCUACGGCGUGCUGAUGGCUGGCGGCGCGUACGUCCCGCUCGAGCCGCACUACCCCAGCGCGAGGAUCCUCGGGAUCUUGCAGCAGCUCAUCCCCAAGGCAGUGAUCACGGUGGACACGCUCCUCGACAAGAUCACGCCAGACGCCCUCCACGCUGGCACCCUGUCCUGGGCCGUGGUUCAGCUGAGCGCGGUGAGCCGCAGCAUGGGCAGGACCACCGUCGCGCACAAGGACCUCCUGCAGAUCCGCACCGUCCCUGCGCGCCCGCCGCACACCGGUGCCGCGGAGAGCAUGACGAGAGCGGCGCUGGCGCGGCAGGAGAGGCGGGCCAGGGGCUCGUGUACGUGUUCUUCACGAGCGGCUCGACCGGGGUGCCGAAGGGCGUCCAGGUCGAGCACGCGGGCCUGCGGCACAGGGUGGAGUGGAUGCAGGAGGUGUACGGCCUGGGGCCUGGGCAGGCGACGAUCCUGA